AUGACUGAGCCCGAGAACUUUGAAGAGGAUCUAUUCGCCGAUCUUUACGAUGAUGACACUCCAGCAAAGUCCGCAGCUGUCCCGGAAGCAGCGUCCGCCCCCGCGCCUGCCCCUGCCUCUGUGCCUCAGCAAAGCAUCGAAACGCAGGCUGAGCCGCCUGGUCAACCUGAACCAGACUAUGGCGGUGGAGGCGGCGGCGACCAGAUGAAGUACGAAGACGACGAUGACGACGAUGAUGUAGACUUCAACCUUGGAGAUGACAGCGCUGGCGGAGGAGGCGGUGGCGGUGGUGGCGGCAGCUACGCUCCUCCCUCGAACGGCGCCGGUAACAUCAAGCACGAGGAACCUACGUACUCGACAAGCACAGCAAAGAACCCAAGUGCCAAGGAAGACGGGUAA